CUAGCAGCCCGGGAGUUCAUGGGACUGCUGAGAGGAAGGUGUGUGUGAGGGAAGGGAGUGUGGCCUGAGGUCAGUCCUUUAAAGAUCUCUGUCACCUAAAAGGGGUCAAGCAGAAUGGAAAUGGGGUGUAUGUGUGUGUGUGUCCUGUGGGGGAGAAUAGCACGGGGGGGUCGUCCUUAUGCACUCACACCUCCCUGUCCUUUCCCUCUUGCCCUUAGCUUCCCUGUGAAGGCCCUGGGCAGGCUGGGGCCAAGGUGGGCCCUAACCGUGGGGUGCACACCAGGAGGGUCACACCUCUCCAGGAGAUGGGGUGGAGCUGUCUGGGAGACAGGCCCCUCGGGCUGCUCCCCUCUCUUCUCGCCCCGUCCCAGCAGGAGGACAGACUCCGCCUGCAGAUCCAGCACCCUCUCCUGGUCUCCUGCCAUUGGGCACUGGGAGCACCCAGUGGAGGGGCGGGCGGGCAAGCUGGUGGGGGGGCCCACCUGCUUUCACACACCUGAUGCACUGGCCUCUGGCUGCUCUACCUCUCAAUAGUCACAGGAUUUAUGGCAAUAAUAGUAAAUUAACAUUUGAAUAGUGUUUUCAUCCUUUUUCAUCUUCACACUUUCACAUUUUAUCUUAUCUUUAUCCCGAUGAUAAAAUAGGUACUGCAGGUAUAUUCACCCCUGUUUUACAGUCAAAGAAACUGAGGCACAGGAAGGUUUGCCUAAGGUCACAUGACUGCUUAAUAACAGGGUGGGCAGAUGAAGUAACUGCAUGUGCACCAGCUGUGCCCUUUCCUCCUGCCCCCGGCACUCCCCGUGACAGCUCCCCGAACCCCAAAUUUUAUGCUCCGGUGAGAACAGACCCAGGCAUAGAAAUUCCUUUCUCCCUCUCUCCACUCCCAUGUCCCUUCAUUUUCAAAUACUUACUGUGGGCCCCGUGGGGGCUGUGAACAAGACAGGCCGUCCUGGCCCGCGGGACAGGCCACCCAGCGGCAGACAAGCCCAUCAGAAGAUGCUGCGGGGAGAAGCCGAGGGCCGCGGUGUCUCACCACUCACCCCAGCGCUCAGGCCCAGGGCUGCUCCCACGUGAGAACGCAGGUCCGCAGCCGCAGCCGGCCCCUGGCCCUGCACACAGCCUGCACAGCUCUGCCUCAGCCUCAGCGACAGGGGUGCUCUCCCCUCACCACUGGCACGAGCCAGCUGGGUGUCAGACAGGAAGAAUGGAGUCAUGUGCAUCUCGCUGUAAUGAGAAAUUUAACCGGGACGCUGCCUGCCAGUGUGACCGGUGGUGUCCCCGGCACAGGGACUGCUGUGAAGACUAUGAACGUCUGUGUGCUGCUGCAGAGGACCCCAAAGAGCCAGAGCCAUUCCUGGAGCUGGAGGAAGAGGAGGAAGAGGCAGAAGAGGCCCCCACCAGCAACUUGUACUCGGCACCCACUUCCUGCCAGGGCCGCUGCCGCGAGGCCUUUGACAAGCACCAGCCGUGCCACUGCAAUGCCCGCUGCCAAGAGUUUGGGAACUGCUGCGAGGAUUUCGAGAGUCUGUGUGGCAACCACGAGGGCUUCUCCCACAGCAGUGACGCCAUAACCAAAGAGGAGCUUCAGAGCACCUCUGAGAAGAUCUACAGGGCAGACACCAACAAAGCGCGGAAGGAAGACAUUGUUCUCAACAGCCAAAGCUGCAUCUCCCCCUCGGAGACCAGAGACAAAGUGGAUCACUGCCCACAGCCACUCUUCACCUAUGUCAACGAGAAGCUGUUCUCCAAGCCCACCUAUGCGGCCUUCAUCAACCUCCUGAACAACUACCAGCGGGCGACGGGCCAUGGGGAGCACUUCAGCCGCCAGCAGCUGGCCGAGCAGGACUCCUUCCUCAGGGAGAUCAUGAAGACGGCAGUCAUGAAGGAGCUCUACAGCUUCCUCCACCACCAGAACCGCUACAGCUCAGAACAAGAGUUUGUCGAUGACUUGAAGAACAUGUGGUUUGGGCUCUAUUCAAGAGGCAAUGAAGAGGGAGACUCAAGUGGCUUUGAACACGUCUUCUCAGGUGAAGUCAAGAAAGGCAAGGUCACCGGCUUUCAUAACUGGAUCCGCUUCUACCUGCAGGAGAAGGAGGGCCUCGUUGACUAUUACAGUUACAACUAUGACGGCCCUUGGGACUCCUACCCCGACGUGCUGGCGAUGCAGUUCAACUGGGACGGCUACUAUAAGGAAGUGGGUGCCGCGUUCAUCGGCAGCAGCCCGGAGUUUGAGUUUGCACUCUACUCCCUGUGCUUCAUUGCCAGGCCGGGCAAAAUGUGCACGCUAAGCCUGGGUGGACAUCCCUUGGCCAUCCAGACUUAUACUUGGGACAAGACCACCUAUGGAAAUGGCAAGAAGUACAUCGCCACAGCCUAUGUGGUGUGUUCUACCCGAUAGAGCCUUGGGCCAGAGAGGGGUGUGAGGGCAGUGAGGGCUCUUGCAAGGCUGAGGUGCAGUCUGCUGUGGACUUCAGAGGGGAAAGAUGAGACUGGGAGGGGUCCCUAAAUCCCAAAUCCAUGAGAAGGAUUCCCAAAUCCCCAAAUGCCCAUAUGGGAAAGAAAAAAGAUAUAAAUCGGAAGAAAUGCAGGCAAACAGUCACAUCUUUGUCAGCCAGCACUUUGUAAUGUAGACUAAGAAACAGAGUCCAGGCAGAGAAGGUGGACUCCUUUGCAAGCUCUUUGCCCUGAUGUGUGGUGGAACCACAAGCAAGUGCUUUGACCUCACUGGGCCUCAUGCUUUCCUUUAAUGUAAAGGGAAGGGGUCUGACCUCUUCCCUCUUUUUGGGGUUGGUGAGAGGGCAAACCUGGUGAUACAAUUACUGUGAAGGUGUUGUCAGUUGUUCUUAGGAAGAACGGCUGAUAGAAAUUCAAGAUUACUAUAAUGGCUGUUAUUGUACACAGCUCUGCAAACUACAAUUCAACCAUGUGUUGGGGGCCUCAAUGAAGUCAGGCCAUAGAAAUCAGGCAGUGGGCCUUUGGUCCUUUCUAGAGUUAGAUCCUCUUAGAACAGAGUCUGGGAGAAUCUGCCACUGGAGAAAGGUAAUGGAUUGGUGCAGUGAGCAGGCUGGGGGCGGGGUGGCCUUCUCUGGACCUGAGUGAUUUUGCAGCCAGCUCAGUAUCUGCAUCAAGGAGCUUCCCACUUGUGGGUGUUCAGUGCAGUUAUAGACUUAUGUUUUCAUCUCAAAUAGUUUUUGAAAGAGUUCCCCUCGUAGGAGGAAGAUGUAGCAUCAGAAGAAGAAAGGAACCUAUAGUUUGGUGAAUUAACAUAAUUAUUUUAAGGCCUAUCCAGCAGCCAUACUUUGAAUAAGUCUAGAAUAGGAGACCGGGGAGUUGGGGGUUCCCUAUCUCAACCUCAGUUAUGCAUUUCUUCAUGACCCCAUUGGAAACCAGAUGCUGUCCCACAGAGCUAUGAGAGCUACAGUUUAGAGGGUGUGAGUUUCCAAUUAAAGUCAUUUAAGAGAACAUGAAAUGUGUCUCUUCUUUGGAUAUGGCCCCUCUCAACUGUAUGUGUCCCUGUCUCCUCCCUGGAGCAGGGUUAGGAGUGAUACUUCUACUUUAGUGUCUUUUCAGAAUCUUGGAGAACGUAGUAUCUGGGUGAAGUCCCUGAUGACUGCCCAAGUCGCUCUAGCCAAGAGGCGAAGAGAAUUCCUCCUGAUGCACCUGUAAUAUGGAGAGUGGAAGGAAAAUUGCAGACAGAGUAUGAGGAGGGGGUGAAUGGAGACUGAUGGCCCCAUCCCCAAUAACCACGCCCCUUGAUCACAUACAUAGGAGUAUAAGGAUGCCUCUGGAUGCAACUUCUGUGGUCACAGAGGUUGACCAAACUGAGGGAAGAGGAGAUGCUAAAGAGAUACACAAAGAGACUUCUGACCUGUAAGAUUAUUUAAGCCACAAUGCUAGAAAAAUGUCAGGUAUGAAGGGAUAUCUCAGGCAAGUUACUGGAGUGCAGAUAGAUGAAACAGGGCCUUUUCCUGCCCUUCCCCAGCAAGACAGGGAGUCAGUGGAGCAUAGUGGUUACAGGUACAGGCUCCGAAGUCAUGUCGCCCGGGUACCUGGACAGACUCUGUCACUUGCUGGCUGAUAAGCCAAUUUCUUCAUCGGUCAAAUGGGGAUAAUAUUACCACUGUUGUGAGAUAAGGA